GGACCGGUUGUGUGUUGGGUCGCAGGGCGACGGCUGCCCAAUGGGACGUAUGUUUUUGGCUGCAUACACACGCCAAAAACCACCAGCACGGGACGGAAAGGACAAAAGAAACCACAAGAAACACCACGGGGAAUUCCUAGCCAAGACAAAAUCGCGCGUUCGGGAUUGUUCGGGGGUCUCCGCUCGGACACAAACUUCGGCUCUUUCCGGAUAAGUCGAAAGUGACGUCACCUCGGUGGAACGUUGUCGAAGUGUGUUCGCAGGUCGAACGGUCGGUUUGGUUCGGGUUCGAAUCGACGCCCAAAGGCCAACGAGACGGAACCGCCUCGCUUGGACUUUAAUGGCCACGCGGAGGGAGAACACGGCUGGAUACGGCUGAGGAGUGGGAGGCGACACGAGAGCUCCCAGCGACCGUCGGCAUUUCACGAAGGAGCAAGAGGUCGAGUCCGAAAGACGAAGAUGAUGGUGAUGGCUUUGAGUGGACGAAGAGAAAUGCUGCUGGAAAUCUGCUGUUUGCUGCUUCUGAUGACCGGAAGUGGACAAAGUGGAGACUCCCAGCAGACGCAGCAUCUGUCCUCCUAUCAGUUGACGUUGCCUCGCCCAAUAGGAGGCCGGUGGAGGCGGAACGCCGACGGCUCGCCGCCCAAUCAGGUGUCGUACGCCAUCGACGUGUCGGGACGCCGCCACGUGGUUCAUCUGGAGCGGAACCGGAUGCUGCUGCCUGCCGACUUCAAAGUGUUUACGUACGCGCAGGACGGACAAAUCGUCACGACGACGCCGGCCGUCCAGAAUCAUUGUCAUUUUCAGGGCUCUGUUGAAGGCAUGGAGGGAUCGUCUGUCGCCAUGAGUAUUUGUAACGGCCUCAGGGGCGUGCUGCAUCUCGACGACGACAGCUAUGCCAUUGAGCCUCUCGACUCCGCCCCCGAGCAGCACCUGCUGUAUCGCCUACAGGAUGUGACAUCGCAGCCCCGUGGAUGCGGGACGCCACAUCGCCACCACGGUCACAACCACACGGAAUAUACGCACUUCGGAGAGCGACAGGAGAUCCGCCAGCAUGGCAGGGUGAAGCGAGACAUUCUCCAUCGCACACACUACGUGGAACUCCUGCUGGUGGUGGACAAUGACAGGUACAACACCAUGAACAGGAACGAGAGCGCGGUACGCGAGGAGAUGGUUCAUUUGGCGAACAUCAUCGAUGGCAUCUACACGCAGAUUAACGUGCGGGUGGUCCUUGUGGGCCUCGAGAUCUGGACCAGGCAGAACCUGAUCAGCACGGAGGGGGUCGCCGGUGAGGUGCUCAGUCGCUUCACCCAGUGGAGAGAGAAGGAACUGCUGCCCCGUCGACGACACGACUCGGCGCAGCUCAUCUUGACGAAGAGUUUUGGGGACACAGCGGGGAUGGCGUUUAUCGCCACCGUCUGUUCGAGAACUCAUGGUGGUGGAAUUAACGCGUUCACGAACAACAACGUGUUCGCCUUCGCCUCCAUCGUGGCCCACGAGCUCGGUCACAACCUCGGCAUGAACCACGACGACAGCCGGGCCUGCACGUGCCCCACGCAAGCGUGUAUCAUGAACUCCGGCGCCACAGGUUCCCGAAACUUUAGCAGCUGCAGCGCCGACGACUUUGAGAAGAUGCUGCUGCACACGGGCGGCUCGUGUCUCCUCAACGUGCCGCGGCCCGAUGAGGCCUACAGCGCCCCCUACUGUGGAAAUGGCUUGCUCGACUUCGGGGAGGAGUGCGACUGCGGAUCGCAACAGGAGUGCGAGAGCGACCCCUGCUGCGAGUUUAAGACGUGCAGACUGAAGCCAGGAGCUGAAUGCGCCACUGGCGAGUGUUGCUACAACUGUCGGUUCCAGCCCGGCGGGACGGUUUGUCGCGCCAGCACAGAUGAGUGCGACCUGCCGGAGUUCUGCAACGGCUCCUCGUCUCUCUGUCAGAGCGACGUCUUUGUGCAGGUCGGNCAUUUGGUUCGAAACCAGGGGGCGUAUUGUUACGACGGCCGUUGUCAGCAUGCCGAAGACCAGUGCAGGAGCAUCUUUGGAGCCAAGGCCAAGAUGGCACCAGAGAUCUGCUUCAAAGAGGUCAACAGCAAAGGCGAUCGCUUUGGGAACUGUGGAUACCAAAACUAUGGAUUCAAAAAGUGUGAGAGCAGAAACGCUUUGUGUGGGAAGCUUCAGUGCGCCAACGUCCAAGGCGUCAAAGCCUUUGGCAUGGACCCGUCCAUCAUCAGCACGCCCAUAAGGGGCGCCGUCUGCUCCGGGGUGGACUUCAUGCUGGGCUCGGACGUGCCCGACCCCGGCAUGGUCAACCAGGGCACCAAGUGCGGCCGCGACAAGGUUUGCCUCAACUUUGAGUGUCGUAGCGCGGACGUCCUCAACAUUGACUGCGAUGCUGACAGCAAAUGUCGCGGGCACGGGGUAUGCAACAACAAUCGGAACUGUCAUUGUGAAGACGGCUGGGCUCCGCCCUUCUGUGAGUUGCCAGGUUAUGGGGGGAGCGUGGACAGCGGGCCCACCUGGAAUGACAAAGACCGGUCGCUGAGGGACGGUCUUCUCGUGUUCUUCUUCUUGGUACUUCCUCUGACCGCGCUGGCUGCCUUCGCCUUUCUGCGCAGGAAGCAGCUGCUGCAGUACUUCGGCCUUACACGCAGGGGGCGCUCUCCGGGUUACCGGCCGGACGGAGCACCGUCGGGCAAUCCCAGCAGAGGACCGCCUCCCAGGACUCAGCCGCCUCCUGUUGCCCGUGGCAACACCAACAACAUCCUCAGAAACGCGCAUAACAGUCAGCUUCUGCCGCCACACGAGGUGGUGCAGACAAGCAGGAGCACUACCUCGUACGCUGUGAGGCCACCGCCGCCACCUUUAAAGCCCAAACCCUCUGGCGCAGCUCAACCUCUGAUGCCUCAAAGAUCUGCCCCUGCGCCACCCGUAUAAGCACUUUCUGUAUCAGGAUUCCACACUGCCUCCUCUAGGCUUAGCCCCGCCGAAUGACGGCCAGGAAGCAAGAAACCAGGUCUCAGGCGGAUCUGGACCAAAAAAGAACUUGUCAGAAACCAUCCAAUCAGAUGUGAUGAAUAUUUAGUGGCGGCAUCACUCAUAUGCUGCCGGUGCUGUUCAGCAUGCUGGCUAAUUAACACUUUCUGGCUAAUGGCUAAUAACAAUCAUGCCUGAGAGCAGCUUCUCUCUGAUUGGCUGCUUUGAUGACAGCAAAACCAAAACCACUAUGGCAGGAGGGCGAGGUCUGCCUGUUUUCUGCUUGUGUUUAAUUGUUUACACGCGAUGCCCAAUGUGGAACGAGACCACUGGUACAUAGACUGAACAAAAAAUAAUUUCUUGAUCAUCACUCGCAAAGAAGUUUGAUUUUGAAAAACACCACUGUUGGGGCCGGCAUAGCUCAAUGGUAGAGUGGUUGUCUCCCAACCCAUUGCGACCUUGUUGAAGUGUCCUUGAGCAAAAUGCUGAACCCCCAAUUGCUCGUGAUGCUGCGUCAUCAAUAGGUGAAUGUGGUAACAGUGUAUGGCGCUUUGAUUACCCGAGGUAGAAAUGCACUAUGUAAGUGACAGUCCAGCCCAUUCACUGUUAACUUGUGAAAGCGCUUGUCUUGUCAUAAUGCAAUGGUUUAAAACACACACACAUACACACACACACACACACACACACACACACACACACCCACAAACUAGCCAAAAAUGUUGAUAAACUGAAGACUGCAACUACCGAUUACUUCAAUAAUCGAUGAAUUUGUUGAUUGUAUUUUAAAUGACUCAGAUGUUUUAAAAUCCCUCCCUUAGUGCACCAAAAUCAGAAUAGCUUGUUCAAGAGAUGUGUUUGUACAAGACGAGCGCUCAAGCAAACAGCGACUUGCAGAGUGUGCUGUGUGGACUUUACUUUCCUCCCAGCGCACCCUGUGCCGGAACAACUGGUGUGUUUGACCGUGCCAGCAACCAACCGGAACUAACAGGAAGCACCGGUGCCCUGUGGUGGCACUCGUCUGCAUGGUCAUUGGAAUGUCGAAUGUCUCAAAAAGUGCUCUCUGGUUUGGUGUGGUUGGUUCAAUGACGUUGCUCUGAAUCAGCUCUGCGAAACACACACGAGGACAACAACUUCCUGGCCACACUGAUGACAUCACACCGCCAAACUGUCCUGCCCCUCAAA